GCUUGUAGGCAAAGAGGAACUUUGUGGUCGUCCGCUCUGAUAAGUCGGGUGCAUUUUCUUUUGCGUCUUUAACUGCAGGAGGACACAAAGUUGUCAUGAACAUAAUAGUGUUGGGUUUCAUUUUCCUUUCUCAGCAAUAUGGUCAAAGUAUUUGCCAGAAAGCAGCCAUGCCCAACAUUGUGAUGGUGAUGAGCGAUGCAUUUGAUGGCCGAUUGACCUUUGACCCUGGCAGCAAACUUGUACAACUGCCAUACACAAACUAUCUCAGGGAGCUCGGCUCCACCUUUCUUAACGCUUACACCAACUCACCCAUCUGCUGCCCUUCCAGAGCAGCAAUGUGGAGCGGUCAGUUUGUUCAUCUCACUCAGUCAUGGAAUAACUACAAGUGCUUAGAUACGAAUGCAACCACGUGGAUGGAUCUGCUGAAGAAGAAUGGGUAUCGUACCAAGAUGAUAGGAAAGCUGGAUUAUACCUCUGGGGCUCACUCUGUCAGUAAUCGAGUUGAGGCUUGGACACGAGAUGUCCAGUUCCUCCUGAGCCAGGAGGGCCGGCCUGUUUCUGAACUUGUUGGGAACAAGUCGACCGUAAAGAUCAUGAGCAAAGACUGGAAAAACACCGAUGAGGCUACGCAGUGGAUCCAGCAGACAGCCGCAUCUUCACACGAGCCUUUUGCUCUUUACCUCGGCCUCAAUUUACCUCACCCGUAUAAAACUGAAUCCCUCGGGCCCACCGCAGGGGGAUCCACCUUCCGUACGUCACCAUACUGGCUCACAAAGGUGAAUUCUGACCUCAUCUCUGUUCCCAAAUGGUUGCCUUUGGCUGCCAUGCACCCCGUUGACUACUACUCCACCUUCACCAAAAACUGCAGCGGCGUUUUUACUGAGGAUGAAAUCAAAAGCAUUCGGGCCUUCUAUUAUGCCAUGUGUGCCGAAGCGGACGCCAUGCUGGGUCAAGUGAUUUCUGCUUUGAGAGAGUCCGGCAUGCUUAACAGCACAGUUGUGAUCUUCACGGCUGACCAUGGAGAGCUAGCCAUGGAGCACCGGCAGUUCUAUAAGAUGUCAAUGUUUGAGGGAAGUUCCCACAUUCCCCUUCUCAUCAUGGGGCCUGGGCUUAUCUCUGGCCAGGAGAUCAACCAGCUUGUAUCUUUGGUUGAUCUCUAUCCCACUGUGCUGGACAUUGCUGGUAUUUCAGCUGUAAGAAAUCUAAGUGGCCAGUCCCUCCUUCCUGUGCUGUCCAAGUCCACUGCCUUUUCUAGCAAACAGCACAGAGCCUGGGUAUUCAGCGAAUAUCACGGUUGUAACGUCAAUGCCUCGACAUACAUGCUGAGAAGUGGUCGGUGGAAGUACAUCACAUAUGCAGAUGGCCUGAGUGUUUCCCCGCAACUCUUUGAUCUUACUCUGGACAAUGAUGAACUUCACAAUGUGGUUCACAAAUUCCCAGAUGUGCAAGCACAUCUGGACAAGCUGUUGCGUAGCAUCGUGGACUAUCCUAAAGUGUCUGAAGCUGUUCAUGUCUACAAUAAAAAAGCAUUUGGUGCAUGGCGGCUUAGUUUGGGGAGAAACUAUAGCCAAGUCAUUGCUAACCUCAGGUGGCACGUGGAUUGGCAAAAGGAUGUGUUAGCCAAUGAGAGAGCCAUUGAUAAGUGGCUCUCUGGGUCUUAGUGAUAUUUUAUGCCUUUAAGAAUGCAUUACUUUUGGUGUCUACUAUAACAAACUGGAACUUCACUUUGCUGAAAGUUGGAUGUUUGUGUGAGUCACUGAUGUGUUCUAUGGUGUUUCAUGUUAUCUGCAGAGGUUACAAUGACGACUAACCCAAGAAUGUUGAUUUUCAUGUCAUAGGUUCACAGUGUGAUGCACUACAGUCUGACAUCUCUGUCAGUCUCCCCUAAACACAAAUUCCCAACAUUGUUUCAGGGAUUUUUAAUGAGUUUCUUUGUAAUAUAGUUUAAAUUCCUUCUAUUGUCCUUUAAAGUCAAUAUAUGUUAAUAUAUAUCUUGUAUUUAUUUUUUUGCUGCUUUUCCUUAUCUGAAAUAUAAGUUUUUAUUAUCACUCAGAUUGUAUCUGCAUAUUCUGAAGUGGAACCAGUGUUCCAGUUUAACUGGUGAUCAUGUUGUCUGGUGAUGUUUGUUUACAUUCAUAUUUUUCCACAGAUUAUAAUUAAUUUAAACAGAGUAGUCAUGGGGACUUUAUUUUUUCCCUUUAAGUAAUUAAGUACAAAGCAAUAAAUGUCUUUAACAGUGGAACCAGCUCCCUUAAUGCAUGCACUAAAUCUGUCAGAAAGGAAAUUCACCGGAGAAAAAAAUAAAACUGGAUUUGUGGUUAUGUUUGUAAAGAACUACACUAUAUUGCCAAAAGUAUUUGCUCAUCUGCCUUCACAUGCAUAUGAACUUGAGUGACAUCCCAUUCUUAACCCAUAGGGUUUAAUAUGAUGUUGGCCCACCCUUUACAGCUUCAGCUCUUCUGGGAAGGCCUUUAGGAGUGUGUUUAUGGGAAUUUUUGACCAUUCCUCCAGAAACGCAUUUGUGAGGUCAGACACUGAUGUUGGACGAGAAAUUUGCUAACCUCUGUGCAUUAAUGUGCCUCAGCAUCCGCGGAUCCCGCUCUGUGAUUUUACAUGGCCUACCACUUCAUGGCUGAGUUGCUGUUGUGUGUGGUUUGCGAGCUGCACAGUGGCAGACAGGACAACACUCAGGGUUGUCACCACUGCCCAGAAGACCACUGAUCGCCCUCUCCCCUCCCUGAAACUUUCUAAAUUUACCUUGCCCAACUUUUCAGUAGUCACACUUAUUUUGUAAAGUAACUUCAGUAUUUAUUGUCAAAUCUUUGCUCAAAUGCACUACUCAUAUAAUAAUUCAAACUAUUACAAAGGCAAUAGAUUACAUAAGACAUUAAUUAUUUUAUUAAAAAUAUGGUAACAUGCUUAAAAUUAGAGUAACAGGGUUACACAAGUUAACAUGGCUCAAUGGAUACAUCACUUUUAUUUGUAGAUUAUGACAAACAAAUACUCAGGACGACAGAAAUGUUGUUUGGUAAUAUUUUAUAUGUUUUAAACAUAUUUGUGAUGUGUAUUUCAUAUGUAUGGUAACAAGGUUUCAAAUCACUGCUAGCAAUAGUGUUUUCUCAGAAAAAGAUGCGAGCUGACUGAAAGCCAAGGACAAAUGUAUUUUAUAUAAAUAAAAGAAGGGAAACUUUGAAAUUAA